GGGGAGGAAGGAGGGGGUGGGCACAGAAAGAAGGAAAAGAGAAAACAGAGAAAGAAUUGCAUGCCCCCGUGUCUGAAUAUAUCCUCUCCCUGUAGAUAAUUCCAUCUAAGUUGCACUUUUGCCUUUUUAUUUCCGUUUUUGGACACCUCUUUUAUCACCCAGCCAACUGGGAUAGACAAAGCCCUGCGAGUGCCCUGAGCGACAGAACUCUGGUAGGGGGCUGGCUGCAAAUUGACGUGGCAUGGAAAUUCUCCGCUAAGUUGUAGCAGCUUGCAUGUUUCUCCUAAGAUCGAGCCCAGCCUCCCGGAGCUGUAGCUUAAUCAUCAUGGGUUCGACGACGUUACAGAAAAAUGGAUAGAAAAAGUCUCCAGUUCCUUUCUUCGGACUCAGAUGUUUUCUUUUUGAGUACCUAUGGUUUAGCUGAAAAAAUCAAAGCAGUUAAGUCUGUAACUUUCUUUUUGCAGCUUAAACAACAGAAUUUGCUGCCCUCCCUCCCCUGUCCUGCAAUUUAAUUCCUUGCAGAUUUUGCCAUGGGGUGCGGACUUAGGAAGCUGGAAGACCCUGAUGAUAGCAGCCCUGGAAAAAUAUUUUCUACCCUGAAGAGACCGCAAGUGGAAACAAAGACAGAAUUUGCUUACGAAUAUGUAUUGCUGGAUUUUACUUUACAAGCUUCACCAAACCCAGAAGUCAUCAAGAUAAAUUCAAUUCUGGAUAUAGUUACAAAAGUGGAAGACUACUAUCUUAAAGGAUAUAUUGUUGGGGCUAUUCAUCCGGUUAUACAACCUGUUGGGCAGCGAAAACACCUACCUGCCAGUUACCUGUACAGGGCGGUCCUAUCGCGCUUGAAAUUAAGCCCGAAGCAUUCGGCAGCACCCAGCGGACAGAGACGCCCAAGGCUUGUGAUUGACGAAUGUCCUCUAACUUAUGAGACUCAAACAAACGAUGGAGCAAAAGAACUGAUAGAAAAGAUUAAUGUAGCUGCUAAACGAGGAAUGAAAUUUGUUGGAUUCCUAUCACAGCAUUAUCCACCACUUAAACUCUGCAACGGAACCAACCACGAUGGAGACGUAGAAUCAACACUAGAUGUGAGACACAGUUCAGACGAAAACUGCAAAAGCUGGAAUGAAGGAACGUUAAGUGGGCAAUCGUCUGAAAGCGGAAUUGAGGAAGAACUUCAUCAUGAAAGUGGACAGUGUCAAAUGGAACGAGAUGGAAGCCCUGGUUCCUCUAAAUCAAGAAAGGGAGAAGAUAACAAGUUGUAUAUAGUCUUCAAUGUUUUUGAUGAUGAAUCAAACUGCUGGACCUAUCAGGAAGGCAUCCUGUCAAUGAAAGUAACAAGAAAAGGAUCUGUGAUUAGUACACUUGAUGCUGAUUGGCUGGAGUUAACUACGUUUUAUUAUAAACAAGGCUUGUCUUUAAUAGAUUCUUUUGUAUGCUGGGAAGCAUCUAAAGGGGACCAUUCGCCUAAAUCUUUGGAAGGAUUCUUUAUCUAUGAAGAAGAAGGUUCUGGAGUUCCAGGUUCCAGUAGGAAAGGAAAUGAUGCCAUCGUGGUAGAACAAUGGACCGUUAUUGAGGGCUGUGAAAUCAAGACGGAUUAUGGCCCUCUGCUGCACACCCUGGCUGAGUUUGGAUGGCUCCUGACAAGCGUGCUGCCUACACCCAUACUGAGACAUGACAGUGAGGGGAAUUUGGCUACAAAGCAGGUCGUGUUCCUGCAGAGACCAGCUAUGUGGAAUUCAGCGGCUCUGACCCCAGAAAGGAAAGCCAGCCGGCAUUUAAAAGGUGAUGACAGGAACAAAGUCACCAGCAGGAGUGUCGGAUUGGACACGACCACGUCGCAACCACCCGAGAGCAGAAACCCACCUGAGGAGGGCCUCCUCUCCGCUUCCAGAGAGUGCUGGACGGGGGAGCGGGGGCCGGCCCAGUACAGCAGCUUCUCUGGGGUCAGCAGCAGCGACAGCGUCCUGCGGGAACUGGACGAGGGACACUUUGACCAGGAAGACGGAGUAACUCAGGUCACUUGCAUGUGAGCGAUGACAUAACGCAACGAAAGGCCCUGUAAAUAAUUAUUAAAAUAAUUGCCUAC